UGAUAAUUGUAUGUUGUAGUUUGUCAUGAGUAGUGAUCUUGUGGCCGAUAUUCUGCUGUGCAUUAUUUUUGCAUACGCGUAAGUCGUGUAUUAAACUAGAAGUAGUAUAUAAUUAUGGUUCUCAAAAGAAGAGCAGAGUUUAAUUAAUUUACAUUUGUCGAGCGUUCCACGUGUUCCGCAUACUAGCCGCUAAAACAGGAUUGCAAAUGUCAAUAUGUCAGGAUCUCGGCCUUAAUUUCCAACAGAGAAUGGGUGCAACCGCAUCACAGUUGGAGAAAGAUAUUGGAUCAGAGCAGUUUCCACCAAAUGAGCAUUAUUUUGGUUUAGUUAAUUUUGGCAACACAUGCUACAGUAACUCAGUACUUCAAGCUUUAUACUUUUGUCGGCCAUUUAGAGAUAAGGUUCUAGAAUACAAGGCUAAAAACAAGAGAACCAAGGAAACAUUAUUAACAUGUUUAGCAGAUUUGUUUUAUAGUAUAGCAACACAGAAGAAGAAAGUUGGUUCAAUUGCACCAAAAAAGUUUAUUGCUAGGUUGAGGAAAGAAAAGGAGGAGUUUGAUAACUACAUGCAACAGGAUGCCCAUGAGUUUCUGAAUUUUCUAAUAAAUCACAUCAAUGAAAUAAUACUAGCUGAACGCAAUCAGAGCACAUUGAAGUUGCAAAAGACGACCGGUUCGGGCGAGAGUGUUACAUGUAAUGGCACUGUUCCACAGAACAGCGAGCCAACAUGGGUACACGAAAUUUUUCAGGGUACCCUCACUAGCGAAACUCGUUGCCUCAACUGUGAGACCGUUAGUAGUAAAGAUGAGCAUUUCUUUGAUUUGCAGGUCGAUGUCGAUCAAAACACAAGUAUUACGCAUUGUCUGAAGUGUUUUAGUGACACGGAGACGCUCUGUAAUGAUAAUAAGUUCAAAUGUGACAACUGUAGUAGUUAUCAAGAGGCUCAGAAGCGCAUGCGCGUAAAGAAACUGCCCCUUAUUUUGGCAUUGCAUUUAAAGAGAUUCAAAUAUAUGGAACAGUAUAAUAGACAUAUAAAAGUUUCCCAUCGAGUGGUCUUUCCUUUGGAAUUGAGGCUAUUUAAUACGUCAGACGACGCAGUGAACCCUGACCGGCUGUAUGACCUGGUUGCCGUGGUAGUACACUGUGGUUCGGGCCCCAACCGGGGACAUUACAUCAGCAUUGUCAAGAGUCACGGCUUCUGGCUGCUCUUCGACGACGAUAUGGUUGAUAAAAUCGACGCAUCCGCAAUCGAAGACUUUUAUGGCCUAACCUCUGAUAUACAGAAAUCAUCCGAAACAGGAUAUAUAUUAUUUUAUCAGUCUAGAGAUGCUAGCUGUUAAGUUUCCCUAUUAUAGUUUAAAUUAUUAAAAUUAAUCUAGGUAACUCAUGUUGAUAUGCCUAUUUUGUUAAAGUUGGAAAAGGCAUAUUUGUUUAUUAUUUUUGAAUUCAUCCAAUUGUAUAUAAUUCAUGAAUAAAAAGAAGUGAAUUA